AUGGAGCAGAGGAGCUCUACCAUUGUAGUGUCCACAGAGGCUACCACACAGUGGAAGGACCAGACCAGACUAACACCAGACCACCUACCAGAGGCCUACUCUGGGCUCCCAGCACAACUCAGGGCUUUGACUGAAACCAAACGCUCAGUAGAGUUCAAGUCUGUGUCUGUUACUGAAGCCAGACUGCCUCAGGACAGCCCUGAUGCUGACAGCAGUCUCAGGCAGGACCAGUCAACAGAUGGAAACACAGUGGGUCUCAGAGAGGACCAGUCGACAAACCGAGGCACCAUGGGUCUCAGAGAGGACCAGUCGACAAACCGAGGUACUGUGGGUCUCAGAGAGGACCAGUCGACAAACCGAGGUACCGUGGGUCUCAGCGAGGACCUGUCCACAAACCGAGGUACUGUGGGUCUCAGAGAGGACCAGUCCUCAAACCGAGGUACUGUGGGUCUCAGAGAGGACCAGUCCACAAACCGAGGAACUGUGGGUCUCAGAGAGGACCAGUCCUCAAACCGAGGUACUGUGGGUCUCAGAGAGGACCAGUCCACAAACCGAGGAACUGUGGGUCUCAGAGAGGCCCAGUCCACAAACCGAGGUACUGUGGGUCUCAGAGAGGACCAGUCCACAAACCGAGGAACCAUAGAUCUCAGAGAGGACCAGUCCACAAACCGAGGAACUGUGGGUCUCAGAGAGGACCAGUCCACAAACCGAGGAACUGUGGGUCUCAGAGAGGACCAGUCCACAAACCGAGGUACCGUGGGUCUCAGAGAGGACCAGUCCACAAACCGAGGAACCAUGGAUCUCAGAGAGGACCAGUCCACAAACCGAGGUACUGUGGGUCUCAGAGAGGACCAGUCCACAAACCAAGGUAUUGUGGGUCUCAGAGAGGACCAGUCCACAAACCGAGGCACCGUGGGUCUCAGAGAGGACCAGUCCACAAACCAAGGCACCGUGGGUCUCAGAGAGGACCAGUCCACAAACCGAGGCACAAUGGGUCUCAGGCAAGGACAGUCAACAGAUACUCUCAGGCAGGACCAGUGGACCGACCUAGGAACCAUGGCUCUCCCCAUCCCUGUCCACACUGACCGCACCUACAUCUCCUCCACUAUGAGUCGAGCGGGAGAGAGGACCUUACUGUCUGUGACCUCCAACAGCACCUCCAUGUACCCUGAGGACUCUACCUGGGGCCUCCCGACCGGCCGCACCGGCGCCGGGGCUGGGGAUGUCACCGACAGGAUACCCUCCACCGGACCUGACCAUGGGCAUGACGCUACGUCUGGGUCUGACUCUCACCCCCACUCCAACACAAACUCUUCACAAGGUAAACAACCCUCUGAAAUUCCCUCUCUGUGUAUAUGUAUGUACAGUAUGUAUAUGUCUACCGGGGAGAAUGGGAUAUGCAAAAUACGAAUUUCCAUUUCUCAUGUAGUAAAUGGACAAUAAAGUUAUCUUCUUCUUCUUCUCCCUCUUCCUCUUCUUCUACUUCUUCUAAACAGAGUGGCCUGGUAGUUUUUCCUCCAGAGGGACCAACCCGCUGACUGGACCCCCCAAUGUGACGACCCAACAGCAGGACCUCACCUCUCUGGUUUCGGAGGGAACCCCCCACUCCACCCCCCCUCUCAGCGUGGUUGAUAACCACAGCAGACGGGACACAGACACAACAGACUCCAGUCAGCCCUCCAGAGGCAGGACGUCCCAGACAGAAGAUGGGGUCCCUGAUUCUUCACAGCCCCCCAUCCUGUUUUCAGAAGGACCCAGCCAUCCCAGCACCAACACCUCUCAGGGAGGAGAUAGAGAUACUCCCUCCAUCCUGGUCACCGGGUCUGGGACUUCCACAGAGUCCUCCACAGGUCCCCUCAGCACCCAGGGGGGCCAGGGUGAGACAGAAGGGGUCUCAUCGCUCCACACAGAGGACACUACCAUCGUAGGUCUGGGUCUAACUACUGCUCCCCCGACGCUACGAGAAAAUGCCACCGCCCUGGACGACUCCCUGUCCCGGUUCCUCUCAAGCCAGCCUCCCUUUGUCCCCAAGACGGAGCGGCCAUCGCCAGUGGUGACCACAGAGGUCCUGGUGUCCAGCACAUCCAUUACCGUGACGAUGACGUCACAGGUCACUGAGGAGGAGAUCUACAGAGUUACUACGGCAACCAGCACCACACUGACCCCCCCUCUGGCUACGACGAGGAUGGUUCAGCUUAGCACCGCCACCUCCGUCGAGGCCCAGACUCAACCCACCACCAUCCCUACCACCAUUACCACUGAGACUACUCUGGGUCUCCAGACCUCGGCUUCCACCCCCCAGUGCUCGCCUACCCUUCAGACCCAGACCCAGGAGCCCUCAACGGGGGUGAGCUUCACCGAAGUGACCAGCUCCACCGAUGUAACCACCUUGCACCUGGAGACCAGCACUGCCACACCAGGGAACACCACGGCCCACAGCGGCCAGGCCUUCACCACCACCACUACUACAGCCUCCUCUUCCUACAGCCACAGCACCACCAGGAGCACGGUGGAACUGCACACUACAGGGAAACACACUGACAGGGGGACCACUGAGGUAGAAGUGACCACAGCUCCAAUGGACAUCAGAUCUACACCCCAGACACCAGGUUUGUCAACAAAGCUUUGAUUCUGCUAAAGUUAGUUUUGCCCUGAAUUUAGCUGGAAAAGUGGAAUUAAGAUGUGUGUAUUCCCAAAACCUAAUGACUGUUGUUUGGAACAAUGAAGAAAAUCCUAAGCAACUAUGAACUGCAUUGAUAUGAGAUGCAGUACAUCAGUCUGAAUCCAUCUCUCUUCUUUAGGUAGUGCCUGUGAGCCCAACCCCUGUCUGAACGGAGGUGGGUGUGGAGGGACCUAUGGAGGGAGGGAAUUCACCUGUUACUGUCUGUCAGCAUGGACAGGACCUACCUGCAAUGAGGGUGAGCUCAACCUACCAUUCCCAGCCAUAUGUUAAUAUGUGUGACUAUCCCAGAGUCCCGGUAAGAGGACUGAUAAUGACCAGCAGGAGACAGGAAUACAAUCCACACUUCAUUGCCUCACACCAGACACACACACAGCAAACAGGGAUAGAGGAGGAAACUAGUGGUAGUGAAUAGGGUAUGUAAUAUUCAUAUGUGCCAGCAUACUGAAUUGUAAUUGGAUGCAUUCUACCGUCGUAUCAUACUGCGCUAUGAUUGGUUAAGACCACCCUGGUGGUGAGGUCAUCUUCAAGAUGAUCAUGGCUGGAGACACAUGAACAUAAAUGUCCUGUGGGAGAGAGGCAGGUUGAGGUUUCCAGGGUAAGAGUAGUGAAGAAGUUGUAAUAUGCUGAGGCAGUGAAGAAAGUGGAGUAAGAUGGGUCAAGGGGGAGGAGUGGUGAGAGUAGUAGGUAUGUACCAGUACAGAGGGAUAGGCCAACAAGUGAUAUGUUUCAGUAAGAUUGGAUUUUUAGCAUUUAUAGCAAUGGUUAUUCAUUGUACUGCAGGGAUGGAACCUAAGUCGAAGAAAAUUGAGGUUGUGGUGGCAGCUGCAGAGAGGUAUUUGGGUAUGUAGUGUUAGAUGGUAGGGUAUUUCUUUAUUUUAUUUUUCAAGCAAAAUAUAAGGGAGUUGUACUCUAGUCUAGUAGGUGGCAGUAAUGCAACAAAUUGGAUGCCAACCGCCGUUAAACCUCAUCGAAGAAGAAGAACACAUGAACAUGCCAGUUAUAGCUAGCUAAUAAAGAGCUACAUUUAUAAAGAUCCUGUCAUGCUGCAUUUUAUUAUUUUGUACAAAGCAUACAAAACAAGACAUGGUGUCAGAGUAAAAGGACUAAAAUAUGGAUUUUGCUGGAGUUCCUUCACCUCGAAUGGAUUGGGGGUCUACAAAUCUACCCGAUGCAUGGCGUAAGUUCAAACAGCAUGUGGAGCUAAUGUUCACGGGUCCUCUGAAGGAAAGAGGAGAAGAGGAAAAGUGCAGCUACCUGCUCCUCUGGAUCGGUGAAAAAGGGAGAGACAUUAACAACACAUGGACACUUACCGAGGUUGAAUCAAAGGUACUGAAAACAUACUACGAUCGUUUUGAAGCAUAUGUGGUGCCAAAGACCAAUACAAUUUUCGCUAGGUACAAAUUCCAUGAGAAAGUACAGGGAGCUAGCGAAUCGUUUGAACAGUUUUGUCACUGAGCUGCGUCUGCUUGUGAAAGACUGUGAUUAUGCAAACAAGGAUGAGAGGGUCAGGGACCGUAUUGUAUUUGGAAUACACUCACCGCGAGUGAGAGAGAAACUUUUGAAUGUUGGGUCUGCGCUAACGCUGGACAAAGCUAAGAUCUCACGAGCUAGCACAGGUUCAGAUGAAAACCAUUUCGGGCGGCAGCACGAGCGCAUCACGUGAACAAUCAGUGCACGCAGUCAGGCAGACAUCAAAGCACACCUCCGGUGCCCAGAGAGCAUGUUUCAGAACAGAGCAACACAAACUCCAAACGCCCCAAAACAUGUGGAUAUUGUGGAUGCUAAGUGCAUGGCGAACAGGGAAAUUGCCCAGCUAAAGGCAAACAGUGUACUAAAUGUGUAAAAUGGAAUCACUUCGCAAAAAUGUGCAAAACAGUACAUACAGUGAGUGAAGAUGAAAUGUCAAUCAAAGAGUCAAAUGCUGAUGAACUGUUUAUUGAUUCAGUGACACAGAAAAGUCAGAGACAGAGCAAGCCUUUGUUGACAUUGAGAUAGGAACACAAGGCACAGAGCUAAAGUUCAAACUAGACACUGGUGCACAAGAAAACAUUAUUCCUCUGAAUAAGUACCAAAGCGCAUACUGACUGGUUAUGGUGGUGAACAGCUCCCAGUAAAAGGCACAUGCACUUUCAAAUGCAAAUACAAGGAAAGUGACAUGAUGUUGGACUUUUACAUUGUUGACACUCGAGCACCUGCAGUGCUAGGUCUUAAAGCAUGUUUAGACAUGGACCUCAUCAAGCUAGUUUUAUCAGUGACAGCACCAGUAGAGAUAGAGAAUGUCAUGGAGGAGUUUGCUGAUGUUUUUACAGGAAUAUGACUAUUCCCAGGAGAAUGUACCAUUCACCUUGACCCAGACACAACCCCUGUGGUCUACCCACUGAGAAAGAUUCCCCUUGCUCUCCGCGAGUUGGAGAGCAUGGAGCAAUCUGACAUCGUCACCAAGGUUUUUUAUUUUUUUAUUUCACCUUUAUUUAACCAGGUAAGCCAGUUAAGAACAAGUUCUCAUUUACAACUGCGACCUGGCCAAGAUAAAGCAAAGCAGUGCGAUAAAAACAACAACACAGAGUUACAUAUGGGGUAAAACAAAACAUGAAGUCAAAAAUACCACAUAAAAUAUAUAUACAGUGUAUGCAAAUGUAGCAAGUUAUGGAGGUAAGGCAAUAAAUAGGCCAUAGUGCAAAAUAAUUACAAUUAGUAUUAACACUGGAAUGAUAGAUGUGCAAGAGAUGAUGUGCAAAUAGAGAUACUGGGGUGCAAAUGAGCAAAAUAAAUAACAAUAUGGGGAUGAGGUAAUUGAGUGGGCUAAUUUCAGAAGGGCUGUGUACAGGUGCAGUGAUCGGUAAGGUGCUCUGACAACUGAUGCUUAAAGUUAGUGAGGGAGAUAAGAGUCUCCAGCUUCAGAGAUUUUUGCAGUUCGUUCUAGUCAUUGGCAGCAGAGAACUGGAAGGAAUGGCGGCCAAAGGAGGUGUUGGCUUUGGGGAUGACCAGUGAGAUAUACCUGCUGGAGCGCAUACUACGGGUGGUGUUGCUAUGGUGACCAAUGAGCUAAGAUAAGGCGGAGAUUUGCCUAGCAGUGAUUUAUAGAUGACCUGGAGCCAGUGGGUUUGGCGACGAAUAUGUAGUGAGGACCAGCCAACAAGAGUGUACAGGUCACAGUGGUGGGUAGUAUAUGCGGCUUUGGUGACAAAAUGGAUGGCACUGUGAUAGACUACAUCCAAUUUGCUGAGUAGAGUGUUGGAGGCUAUUUUGUAAAUAACAUCGCCGAAGUCAAGGAUCGGUAGGAUAGUCAGUUUUACGAGGGCAUGUUUGGCAGCAUGAGUGAAGGAGGCUUUGUUGCGAAAUAGGAAGCCGAUUCUAGAUUUAACUUUGGAUUGGAGAUGCUUAAUGUGAGUCUGGAAGGAGAGUUUACAGUCUAACCAGACACCUAGGUAUUUGUAGUUGUCCACAUACUCUAGGUCAGACCUGUCGAGAGUAGUGAUUCUAGUCGGGUGGGCGGGUGCCAGCAGUGUUCAAUUGAAGAGCAUGCAUUUAGUUUUACUAGCAUUUAAGAGCAGUUGGAUGCUACGGAAGGAGUGUUGUAUGGCAUUGAAGCUCGUUUGGAGGUUUGUUAACACAGUGUCCAAUGAAGGGCCAGAUGUAUACAAAAUGGUGUUGUCUGCGUAGAGGUGGAUCUGAGAGUCACCAGCAGCAAGAGCGACAUCAUUGAUAUACACAGAGAAAAGAGUUGGUCCAAGAAUUUAACCCUGUGGCACCCCCAUAGAGACUGCCAUAGGUCUAGACAACAGGCCCUCCGAUUUGACACAUUGAACUCUAUCUGAGAAGUAGUUGGUGAACCAGGCGAGGCAGUCAUUUGAGAAACCAAGGCUAUUUAGUCUGCCAAUAAGAAUGCGGUGGUUGACAGAGUCGAAAGCCUUGGCCAGGUCGAUGAAGACGGCUGCACAGUACUGUCUAUUAUCGAUCGCGGUUAUAAUAUCGUUUAGGACAUUGAGCGUGGCUGAGGUGCACCCAUGACCAGCUCGGAAACCGGAUUGCAUAGCGGAGAAGGUAUGGUGGGAUUCGAAAUGGUCGGUGAUCUGUUUGUUAACUUGGCUUUCAAAAACGUUCAAAAGGCAGGGCAGGAUGGAUAUACAGUGGGGAGAACAAGUAUUUGAUACACUGCCGAUUUUGCAGGUUUUCCUACUUACAAAGCAUGUAGAGGUCAGUAAUUUUUAUCAUAGGUACACUUCAACUGUGAGAGACAAGUUGCAGCGGAGGGUGCAGAGCUGGUGGCCGGGGUAGUGGUAGCCAGGUGAAAAGCAUGGCCAGCCAUAGCAAAAUGCUUGUUGAAAUUCUCGAUUAUUGUAGAUUUAUCGGUGGUGAUAGUGUUUCCUAGCCUCAGUGCUGUGGGCAGCUGGGAGGAGGUGCUCUUAUUCUCCAAAUCUUUUUGGAGUUAGUGCUACAGGAUGCACAUUUCUGUUUGAAAAAGCUAGCCUUUGCUUUCCUAACUGCUUGUGUAUAUUGGUUCCUAACUUCCCUGAAAAGUUGCAUAUCGCGGGGGCUAUUCAAUGCUAAUGCAGUAUGCCACAGGAUGUUUUUGUGCUGGUCAAGGGCAGUCAAGUCUGAGGAGAACCAGGGGCUAUAUCUGUUCUUAGUUCUGAAUUUUUUGAAUGGGGCAUGCUUAUUUAAGAUUGAAAGGAAAGCACUUUUAAAGAACAACCAGGCAUCCUCUACUGACGGAAUGAGAUCGAUAUCCAUCCAGGAUACCUAGGCCAGGUCAAUUAGGAAGGCCUGCUCGCUGAAGUGUUUUAGGGAGCGUUUGACAGUGAUGAGGGGUGGUUGUUUGACCGUGGACCCGUUACGGACGCAGGCAAUAAGGCAGUGAUCGCUGAGAUCCUGGUUGAAGACAGCGGAGGUGUAUUUAGAGGGUAAGUUAGUCAGGAUGAUAUCUAUGAGGGUGCCCAUGUUUACGGCUUUAGGGUUGUACCUGGUAGGUUCCUUGAUAAUAUGUGUGAGAUUGAGGGCAUCUAGUUUGGAUUGUAGGAUGGCCGGGGUGUUAAGCAUAUCCCAGUUUAGGUCACCAAGCAAUACGAACUCUGAGGAUAGAUGGGGGGCAAUCAAUUCACAUAUGGUUUUCCAGGGCACAGCUGGGGGCUGAGGGGGGUCUGUAGCAAGCGGCAACAGUGAGGGACUUAUUUCUGGAAAGGUGGAUUUUUAGAAGUAGGAGCUCAAACUUUUUGGGCACAGACCUACAUAGUAUGAUAGAGCUCUGCAGGCUAUCUCUAUAGUAGAUUGCAACUCCACCCCCUUUGGCAGUUCUAUCUAGACGGAAAAUGUUGUAGUUGGGGAUGGACAUUUCUGAAUUUUUGAUGGCCUUCCUAAGCCAGGAUUCAGACACUGCUAAAACAUCAGGGUUGGCGGAGUGUGCUAACCAGUGAAUAACUCAAACUUAGGGAGGAGGCUUCUGAUGUUAACGUGCAGAAAACCAAGGCUUUUACGGUUACAGAAGUCAACAAAUGAUAACUCCUGGGGAGUAGGAGUGAUACUGGGGACUGCAGGGCCUGGGUUAGCCUCUACAUCACCAGAGGAACAGAGGAGGACUAGAAUAAGGAUACGGCUAAAGGCUUUAAGAACUGGUCUUCUAGUGCGUUGGGUACAGAGAAUAAAGGGGGCAGAUUUCCGGGCGUUGUAGAAUAGAUUCAGGGCAUUAUGUACAUGGAAGGAUAUGAGUACAGUGGAGGUAAACCUAAGCGUUGGGUAACAAUGAAAGAGAUAGCAUCACUGGAGGCACCAAUUGAGCCGGUCUCGGCGUGUAUGGGGGGUGGAACAAAGGAGCUAUUUGAAGCAGUUUGAGAAUGACUUGGGGUUCUAUAUUGAAAUUGUAUAAUAAGAACUAACUGGAACAGCAAUAGGCAAGGCAUAUUGACAUGGGAGAGAGGCAUAAAGCAAUCACAGGUGUUAUUAGAGAGAGCUAAGACAACAACUGGUAAUGGCGAUGAAAGUUUGGGCUGAGGCUAAACAGAUAAACAGGACAGGGUACCGUGUAAAGGAACAGUCCAGCAGGCAUCAGCUGUGCAGCUGAGUGAUCAUAAGGUCCAGUGAACAGCAAUAUGUGAGUCUGAGAGCAGUUCGAAUUGGUGCUAAAGCACAGCGAGCAGGAAGCACGGCUGUUGUUUGCGUGUGCUAGCGGGCCGGGGCUAGCAGAUGGAUCUUCGUGGUCGUCGCAAUGGGAAGCCUGUUGAAACCACAGACGAUUACAUCGGCAGACCAGUCGUGAUGGAUCGGCGGGGCUCCGUGUCGACUCUAGGAGGUCCUGUCCGGUUGAUAGAGAGGUAGAUAGCCGGGAGAUAUGCCUGACUCGAGGCUAGCUCCAGGCUGAUUAGCCAACAACAACAUUCAUUUGGUUUCGGCUAGCUAGUUGCGAUGAUCAGGUGUUAAAGGUCCAGUGAUUUAGUGAUUCUGGCAGAAAAUCCGAUAUGUUCUGGGUCGAUAACGCGCUGUGCAGACAGUGCAGACUGGCCGAUAAUAGUCCAGGCUAGAGCUGGCUGGUAGGUAGUGCAGGCCACGGACAAUGGUGAAAAACCGCUAAUGGUGGCUAAUAGCAAGUAGCUAGUUAGCUGGCUACUCCCGUCCGGUAGACAAAGAGGUAGAUAGCCGGGAUAUGGGCCUGGCUCAAGGCUAACUGGUGCUUGCUUCGGGGGCAGUGGUGAUUAGCCUACAGCAACAUCCAUUCGGUUGCGGCUAGCUAGUUGCGAUCCGGUGUUAGGGUCCAGUGAUUCAGUUAUUCCGGCAGGAAAUCCGAUGUUCUGGGUGAAAACCGCUAACAGUGGCUAAUAGCAAGUAGCUAGUUGGCUGGCUAGCUAGUUUCAACUGGAGAUUCUAGAUAAAGGUGAGUAAAUAAUAGAAUCCGUUCCACAUUGAGUGAGGCGGGUUGCAGGAAAGUAUAUUUAGUAGAAGGAUGAAAUAUGUUCGAAAAAUACAAAAAAAUACAAAAAACUGGCUAUUUACACGGACACACAACAAAGAACACAACCGCACUGCUACGCCAUCUUGGAACAGAACUGACAGAUUGGGUCUACGCAUUAGCGGUGGUGGAGAAACCACGCACAGGCAAGCUCAGAGUAUGUCUCCGCCCAAGAGACUUGAACAAGGUUAUCAAACGGCCCCAUUACCCCUUACCGACGCUAGAUGGCAUCACACACAAGCUAGCGGGAGCACGCUACUUCAGUGUCAUGGACGCCAGAUCAGGCUACUGGGCUAUCAAGCUCACAGAAGAGUCAUCUAAGCUCACAACGUUCAACACACCGUUUGGACGCUACAGGUUUCGUUGCCUGCCUUUUGGGAUUAUCUCAGCCCAAGACAAGUUUCAGCGAAAGAUCGACGAGGUGUUAUGAAGGCCUCGACGGAGUUGUGGCAAUUGUGGACGACAUCCUUGUCUAUGGUCGAACCAAAGAGGAACACGACAGAAACCUCAGCGCGAUGCUGCAAAUGUCCCGCGAGAGAGGAGUCCGGCUCAACCCUGAGAAGAGCACAGUCUGCGCUACAAAGGUCAGCUACUUCGGACAUCUUCUCACAGCGAAUGGAAUCAAGGCAGAUCCGCAGAAGAUCUCAGCCAUAAAGGAAAUGGAGCACCCAAGAACCACGCAGAGCUGGAAACAGUGCUUGGCAUGGUCAACACCUUAGCGAAGUUCGCACCCAGCCUCGCCAAUGCUAAUGCACCCCUGCGUCAGCUACUAAAGCAGUCCAGUAAGUUCCUCUGGGACAAGCAACACGACAUCGCUUUCCCGAAAGUGAAAGACUUGAUCACGAGAGAACCAGGACCAAUCCUUGCCUACUACGACCCUAUCAAAGAGCUCAGACUCCAGGUGGACGCGUCGAAGUAUGGACUAGGUGCAGUGCUACUGCAAGAAGGAAAACCAUUCGGCUACGCUUCCAAAUCUCUCACAGACUGUGAAAUCAACUACGCUCAAAUCGAAAAGGAGCUGUAUGCCAUUCUGUUCGGAUGUAAGCGUUUCCAUGAGUAUGUCUAUGGACGACAAGUCAUUGUGGAAUCAGACCACAUGCCCCUUGAGUCAAUCAUGAGGAAACCGUUAGCCGCAGCCCCGCCAAGGCUACAGAGAAUGAUCCUUCAACUACAAAAAUACGACUUCACAAUCACUCACCGUCCAGGCAAAGACAUCCCUGUAGCAGACACAGAAUCAUUUUCAAAGGAGAGAAAAUGAUCAUUCCUACCAGUCUCAGAGAAGAGAUUUUGACAAAGAUCCAUGCUGGACACAUGGGCAUGGAAAAGUGCAAACAGAGAGCACAGGACAUUUUGUUUUGGCCCAGAAUGUGCAAACAAAUAGAGGACAUGGUUGGUAAAUGCCCCACCUGUCUUGAACGACGCCCCUCAAACACCAAAGAGCCAAUGUUACCUCACUGUAUCCCAGACCGACCCUGGCAGGUCGUGGCAACUGAUCUGUUCACCUGGAACAACGAGGACUACAUUAUAACAGUGGACUACUACAGCAGAUACUUCGAACUAAACAAGCUUCACAGCACCACAUCUGCAGCUGUGAUACACAAGCUGAAAGCAGCCUUUGCCAGGCAUGGCAUUGUAGAGAUUUUAAUAUCUGACAAUUGCCCAUGUUACAAAUCAAAUGAGUUUGAAUCCUUCACAAAAGCAUGGGAGUUCACACACGUCACCACAAGCCCACAUUACCCUCAAAGUAUUGGCCUUGCUGAAAAAUCUGUGCAGAUUGCUAAGUCACUCAUGGACAAAGUAAAAGCAGACAAGCGAGACCCCUACCUCAGCCUCCUUGAAUACCGCAACACUCCAGUUGACAACUUCAAAUCACCAGCCCAGCUGUUGAUGAGCCGCAGACUUCGCUCAAUCCUUCCCAGCACCAACCAGCAGCUGCAACCUGAGGUCGUCAGCUACAAGGAAAUGCAUGCAAAACUUGCACAGAGACAACAACACCAAAAGCGAUACUACGACAGGUCAGCCAGACCACUGCCACCACUGAACGACAGAGAGUCAGUUAGAAUCCAGGAGCAUGGCCACUGGAAGCCAGCAGUCGUCAUCCAACCAGCUGACACUGAACGUUCAUAUCACGUUCGCACCGCAGAAGGAGCGGUGUACCGCCGCAAUUGUCGUCACCUACUGAACACAAAAGAACAACACACUUUCGAGAUGAACUGUUCCCCUGAAAGAGAACGGGAUGGACUAAACACAGACACAACACAACAUACACCAUACUUACCUGCAACACCACAAGAACUGUUGACUGACACAGAAGCUUGCUCAGCUUCAUAUCACACAAGGUCAGGAAGAGAGGUCAAGCCUAGAGCUGUCCUAGACCUGUGAAAUGUAAAAGGGUGUAGGCGGAUCGCUGCACUAAAAGAGUUCCGGACUGUAAACUUGUUAUUGAAAAGUUAACUUGAAAUGCUUUGGUAUUGUAUUUGAGUUGAGAUGUCAUUGCUACAGUGAAAAGCUGAGUUGCUGAGAAAUAUUUGUUCUAAAAGUAACAGUAUGCUGAAUCAUUGUUUCAGUCUGUUAUGUUGAUGCAGUUGGUGCAGUAUAAAUGGUUACUUACCUCGAGUUCAAACUACAGAGCAUGUAUGCAAAAGAAACACUUAAAAUAUGUAGAACAGGGGGAUGUAAUAUUCAUAUUUGUCAGCAUACUGAAUUGUAUUUGGAUGCAUUAUACUGUCUUAUCAUACUGUGCUAUGAUUGGUUAAGACCACCCAGGUGGUGAGGUCAUCUUCAAGAUGAUCAUGGCCGGAGACACAUGAACAUGCCAGUUAUAGCUAGCUAAUAAAGAGCUACGUUUAUAAAGAUCCUGUCUUGCUGCAUUUUAUUAUUUUGUACAAAGCAUACAAAACAAGACAGUGAUAGUGGAUUUCUGUAAUGGAACAGAAAGGGUAAUGUAUUACACAACAGUAAUAACGAUGAUGGCUAGAAGCGAGGUAGCAUGUAGCAUAGGCUAGAGGUAAUAGCACAGGUAUAUAACAGUAUAGCACCAUUGAACAUGGCAUAGCAGGUAGCAGGUAUUAGCAUAGCAUACCAAUAGGCUUAACACAGUGCACAGUAAAUACAAGGCAACUAGCGUUAGCAAGGCUAGCAGCAUUUACUAGUAUGGCUAACAUAGCAGACAGGCUAGGCUACACAAUAUGCUAAGCUAGGCUAGUAGGUACGGGCCAAUAGGUACAAUAUAAACAACACCAUUAGCGGUAGUGGGUUAGCAUGCUAUGUGGCAAACAAGGCUAAUAUGUAAACAGAAGCCAUGUUGGAUAAGGCCAUGGGGGCUGCCAUCUUAAGUUGCGUGAAACAAUAACAACAGGCCCAUAAAGGUAAUGAGCCUAUGCUGUACUGCCUGACCUGAACAUAAGCAAAAUAUUAUAUAUUAUAUAUUAUUAUAUAUUACACAUGAAGGUUUCAAUACACCCAAACACAGGGAAAGUCCAGUGGAGAGAAGGGAGGGUCCAGAGGUCCUGCUGUGCGAUGUGCAGGGCAGAGGUUUAUGAGAGAGGUCCUCACUCUGCCACUGCUUUCUGGAGACUGAGUUCAGAGACAAAAGCAGAUAGGGCCUGUGAUUGGCUGGCCCCAGUCAGCUGACUUGUUCAGGCGAGUUAGAUAAGGCGACCCUAGCAACCUGGCCUAGUAACAGAGGUGUGAACAGCCUGUUUACAACCCAUAGGGGGAUGGAUGCCUAUUGCAGCAGCUAGAGAGCCCUGAAGUUUGUCUCUUGUCCCAAGACCAGAGAGAGGUUUUAGUGAGGGUUUAAUGAUUAAAGUUUUGUACAGUUCAAAUCAAACAGUUGUGUUGACCUGAUCUCUGUCAUCUGGCCUCUGUCAGCUGUCCUCUGUCAGUUGUCCUCUGUCAGUUGUCCUCUGUCAGUUUUCCUCUGUCCAUGUCCUCUGUCAGCUGUCCUCUGUCUCUGUAUCUUUGUUGCUUUGUUUGUCCAGAUGUGAAAAUAUGUGUAUAUUGCUGAUGGUAUUCACUAUAGGCAUCUUGUCCUUUAUGUUCACACUGCCCUCUCUGUCCUCUGUCUCUGCUGUGUCCAGAUGUGGAUGAGUGUGAGAGUGGCCCCGGCCCCUCGGGCCCCUGUCCCAGUGACUCUACGUGUGUUAACACCAGGGGCUCCUUCAGCUGUGAGUGUCCCCUGGGCCUUGACAUUGAGAACGGACGAGACUGCACGCGAGGUACGGCUAAACAAACAGUACAUACAGCCUUUAUUUACAGUCUCAUAUGACGAUAAAAAUAUAAACAAUAUUUAGGUAUUUAUUUUUGGGGUGAUUUUAAAGUAAGACAGUUGCACUGCUAAUCAUACAACUAAACAUACAUACUUUAUUUAGAAGUCUCAUAUCAUAUGACAAUAUAAACAAUAUGUAGGGCCUUAUAUUGGUUAUAUUAGAUCAGGUUAUGGUUUAGGUUAUGUCAGGGAUCAUCAACUAGAUUCAGCCACGGGCCUAUUUUUUUCGUAAGCAGAUGGUUGGGGGCGGAACAUAAUUACAAAUAAUUUGUUGACUGCAAAUUGACCGCAAGAAGCCCAAACAGAUAUAAUAUUUCACUAAAACAUAAUCAUGUCAAACCUUGCUUACAUUUGUAUACGAUCACGUGUCUCUCUAUUAUGCGUUGAAAUACUUGGGAACAGAUUUCCAAAAUUAAAAUCACUUGGAGUUGAUUUCCUGGUGUUUUUACAGUAUUUUAUGUCCAACAAUGAAAAUUAUAAAUAAUGCAAAAUAUUUAUUUUUAAAAAUGUGCUCAGAAAACUUGUGGGGGGGGGCAAAUAAAACCGCCCGCGGGCCAAAUUCGACGCAUGGGCCGCCAAUUGGGGGACCCUGGGUUAUGUUAUUAGGUAAUGAUAAGACACUACUGAUCGUAUUGAUGUAUUUAUUCACAAUAAAGGGUUAGCUAUAUUUAAUUAGUUGAAAGAAACGACUGUAAACUUUAGAGACAGUGUCUUGAACCUUAGUUAACCACAGUGUCUGUUUAUCUCUGCAGCAAAGACUUUCUUAGGGACGUUCAGUGUCAACAACUCUUACUAUGACCCACUGCUCUCCAGGAGCACCACACUGCAUGAGAUCCAGAGAGAGAUCAACCAGCUGGUAAGGACAGGGACACGGUGGGAAGUAGAGUUGCAAAAGGAGGGAAUAUUCCCUGUAACCAGUAAUUUUGGAAUCUUUCAAGAAUGUUGGUAUGUUUGCUAGAUUUCCGGGAGUUUUGCAACCCUAGUGUGGAGAGAGGUAUGACUCUAUCACUGACAUUGUAUAUUGUGUAUUUGUUGUAGUGAGGCAGCAAACCUCUUCAAUCAAUAUAAUAGAUGUAUUAGGAAUAUAAUAAUAUUUAGCCCACACCCUUUUCUCCCCUCUAUUUUUUUUAUUUUAUUUUUUUUACAGCUCAACGCCUCACUAUCAAAUCUGCGUGGUUACCAGCGCUCUACUUUGAGUAAAAAGUGAGUUUCUUAUUCCCCCGUAUGAUUGGCUUUGCACUUACCAAUUUCUGAAUGCAUGACAACAUGCAUGACAACAUUGUAUGUAAAGUGUAAUCAAAAAUCAAGCAGGACCAAGGAAUAUAUUUAAAAUGUCUUUAUUGUAAUGGAUGUUCAAUAUAACAACAACUUUAUAACUCUGACGCUUUUCGGAUUUUAAAUCCUGUUUGCUGUGAUGUGUGUUCCAGAGGGGAGGACGGGGCCCGUAUCGCUGCUGUCAACAUGUUCUCCCUCUCUACUGACGUGACCAGCUCUGAGGUCUACCACAGCAUACAGAGAUCUCUGAACAACUGUAACAGCACUGCUGGACACUGCAGAGUGGUGGUCACUCACCAGCUCUCUUAUCAAGGUACAGCACUCUCUACCUCCCUCCGUCUUGCACUCUCAUUUUUUUUUUCUUUUUUUCAUUUAGCAGACGCUCUUAUCCCGAGCGACUUACAGUAGCAAUUAGGUUUAAGUGCCUUGCUCAAGGGCACAUCGACAGAUUUUUCAUCUAGUCAACUCAGGGAUUUGAACCAGCGACCUUUCGGUUAAUUGCCCAGCACGCUUAACCACUAGGCUACCUGCCGCCCCUCUCAUCCUCCUCCAUACAUCAUCCUCAGUCCUCCUCCCUCGUCUUCAUGACCAAUCCUCUCCUCUUUACUCUAACCCUAACUCAAACCCUGAAUGACUAUAACAGCACCGCUGGUCACGGCAGAGUGGUGGUCACUCACCAGCUCACGGUAACAGCACUCUCUACCUCCGUCUUUCUCGCUCAACUUCCUCCAUCCUCCGUCUUCCCCUCUCUUUCACCCUCAGCUUCAUGACCCAUCCUCACCUCUUUCCCCCUAACCCCAGUCUUAAAGGAGUAGUUCAUCCUCAUUUCAAAAUUACAUAUUUGUUUUGUUACCUUGUAAGCAGCCUGUGGGGACAAAGGCAGAACGCAAUCCAUGCUUUGGGUUUGUGUGCACCGUCAUUGCCACCAUCUGCUAACUUUAGCAUUUUGUAGCCCAAAAAAUGAUGGAAGUCAAUGUAUGACAUUAGCAUGUUUUACAUUUCAUACCUGACCCUGCUACAACCAUCCUAACCUACCCCUCUCCUAACUAUGCCCCUCAGUUGAGAGUCUGUGUCUGGCCCAGAACACCCAGUGUCACCUAGAGCGUUCCUUCUGUACCGACUCCAAUGGGACAGCCUACUGCCAGUGUCAACCAGGGUACUUCAAACUCAACCCUGAGGACCAGUCCUGCCUAGGUGAGGCCUGGAACAGUGAUAAGGUGGAGGGUAGUCCUCCGUCUUGCAUAGGUGAGGCCUGGAAGGGUGGAGCAAGCAGAUGUUAGAGCAGGGGUGUCAAACUCAUUUUAGCUCAGGGGCCACAUGGAGGAAAAUCUAUUCCCAAGUGGGCCGGACCGGUAAAAUCAUGGUAUAUAUAACUUAAAAACAACAACUUCAGAUUGUUUUCUUUGUUUUAAUACUAUCAACAUAAAACAUAAAGCUGGAGCCUGAGGACAGUGUGUCCAAAAUAGUACAAGCACAACAUCACUAUUAAUCAUAAAACACCUGAAGUUUAUUUGAAAAUUCUAAAGAAAAAGAACACACAAACACACAAUGCCUCAGUGAUUCACAUAACUGUUUCACAGAUCACAGAACUAUAUCAGGGUGUCAUUUCUCAGGCAGAAAUGUAGAUACAAAUAAUGAAAUCCUGUCCCCAAACAAGUGCAAGAACCACAGAGUCAAGAAUAGGUUAAAUAUACAAAUAAAAUAAAAUCAAUUAAAAACAAUAGCACAUCAACAUAAAAACAUACAAACAUAAAGCUGGAGCCUGAGGACAGUGUGUCCAAAAGCACAACAUCACUAUUAAUCAUAAAACACCUCAAGUUAUUUUAAAUUCUGAGGACAAACAACACACAAACACACAAUGCCUCAGUGAUUCACAGAAGUAUAUCACAGAUCACAGAACUAUAUCAGGGUGUCUCAUGCAGCACUUUAAGUGGGGUUGCAUAGUUUAUUUGACUCCUGAUACCUGGCAUCUUUUAGCUUUCACCAGCGCAUCAAUAUCAGGCGUCACAUCCUGAGUGGCAGCCAACUUCAGGAUGUGAUUCAAGUGCUUGUGCGUGAGCCUUGAGCGCAGCUUUGUUUUAUUUAUGCUCAUUACAGAGAACUUGCUCACAAAGAUAUGUGGUUCCAAACAUACACAACAGUUUUGCAGCGAGGGCUGUCAAGUUGGGGUAACCUGGCAAGAGAUUCUGAUAAAAUGUGUCCAAGCCAGCUGCGGCAAAUUUGCCCUUCAAAUCCGAGUCACACUGCAAGUCUAUUAUGUCAAGUUGGAUGCUGACGGGCAGAUGAGAGGGAUUCACGGUGAAUGGCGAACAAAAAACUUUGAAGUCUUUCUCCAGUUCACCAAAAAUCUGAAAGCGUUGCUCAAACUCCCUUAACAGUCCCGUUAUUUUAUCUUUGAACCGCUUCAUGUCUGCCACAUGUUGGGUCGCGCACACAUUUUUCAGACAGGGGAAGUGAGCUGCAUCACCACCGGCGAGUUGCGUCUCCCACAAUGACAGCUUCAACUUGAAAGAACGUAUGCUGUCAUAAUACUGCGUGGCAACUUUGUUGCGCCCUUGCAGCUGUUUGUUCAAGUUAUUCAGGUGCUCUGUAACAUCCACCAUAAAUGCAAGGUCUUGCAUCCAUUCUGCGGAAUUAAAUUCUAACACUGGUUUGCCCUUUUCUUCCAUGAACUGUUCAAUUUCUUCUCGUAAAUCAAAGAAACGCCUCAGCACAGCACCUCGGCUUAACCAUCUUACCUCAGUGUGGUAUGGCAGGCCAUAGAUGUGGUCUUUCUCUCUGAGAAGGCUGUCAAACUGACGGUGAUUCAGGCUUCUGGAUCGGAUGAAAUUAACAGUUUGGAUGACCACCUUCAUGACGUUAUCCAUCUUUAAUGACUUGCAACACAAAGCCUCCUGGUGCAAAAUACAGUGAAAAGUCCAAAAAUCACGUCCUCAAUUUGCAGAUUGCACUUUCUCUCUGAACUUUGUCACAACGCCUGCUUUUUUCCCGAUAAUUGAGGGCGCACCAUCUGUAGCCAGGCUGACAGCGCGGGACCAGUCCACUCCGACCCUGUCCAGCGCGCCGACGAGUGCAGUGAAAAUAUCAGCUGCUGUCGUUGUAUCUGUCAUCGGCACCAACUCCACGAACUCCUCGGUGACGGUCAAUGUGUCAUCAACUCCGCGGAUGAAAAUGGCCAGUUGUGCAACAUCUGUAAUGUCCGUGCUUUCAUCAAUUGCAACCGAAAACGCAAUAAAUGACUUUACUUUUUGCUUCAACUGGCUGUCCAAAUCCACUGAAAGAUCGGAAAUCCUGUCUGCAACUGUGUUUCUUGUCAGGCUGAUAUUUGCAAAAGCCUGGUGCUUUUCAGGGCACACAAUCUCUGCUGCCUUCAUCAUGCAUGUUUUUACAAAUUCACCCUCACUAAAUGGUUUUGAAGCCACUGCGAUUUCAUUAGCAAUGAGGUAGCUAGCUUUCACUGCAGCGUCACUGAUGUCUCGGCUGUGAGUAAACACAGACUGCUGUUUCUUCAGACCCACCAACAGUUCAUUCACCUUCUCUCUUCUCCGCUGUCCUUGAAAGUUGUCAUAUUUGUCGGCAUUAAGACUCACAUAGUGGCGACGAAGGUUAUAUUCUUUCAGCACUGCAACAUGCUGUGAACACACCAAACAUACAGCUUUCCCAUUCAAUUCCGUGAAUAAAUAGAAGGAUGACAAUUUUUCUUGGAACACUCUGCGUCCACUUUUCUCUUUUUUGACAGAGACAUAUUGGGGCAAUGAGGGUGCCAAAGCACAUAAUGUUAAAAGUAGAAGCCGUAAUAAAUAUCGCGGGCAAAACAAAGUAGCUCAUCCGGACUGGCUGCACUUGCUUGACCUAUUUGCUCUGCCCCGGUAUAAACAGUUUGCUUGCUUAACACAAUUGCUAUUGCGCUAUCCAGUGGACACAAUUGGAACAGCAGUUUCUUUUAUUGAAAAAUUGCAGCUCAUUUUUAUACUUUACAAAAUCAUCUCGCGGGCCGGAUUAAACCCGUUUGCGGGCCUGAUCUGGCCCGCGGGCCGGACGUUUGACACCCCUGUGUUAGAGCAUACCAUAGCAAAACGCUUUGCAAUGCAAAACAAAUAACAGGUAGUCCCUCUCGGUUUCAGUGCAUUUUCUUCCGUUUGGUGCCUAGUGAAUAUGACUCAGCCUCGGUCAAACGUAUCUUAUGUCAAAUUCACUUUAUUUAUUUUUAUGUCAUUUGAGCAGGCAGCUUUUUCAAAAUAAAAUGUAUUAUAAAACAAAAAUGUUAUUGCUUUGAAAUGAUUGUAAAAUUACAUUCCUCAUCUUACAGAAUGCGGUGAUGGUCUGAAACGGGUAAAUGGAACCUGUGUCAGGUAAGCAAUGACAACUCUAAUCAUCUAAUCCAUUGGACCAUUCCAUUAAUACAUGUUAUAAAUGAUUUAUUGGUCUUAUAUUUGCUUGUUUAUAUCUUUCAGGUGCACAUUUGGAUUUGGAGGAUUCAACUGUGGAAAUUGUAAGUAAUAGACUUGAAUGACUUAAAUGAUCAUUUAAAAAGUGUGAGAAAUAGAUACAGUGGAGAAUCAAGACAACAUUUGAAUCACUUAACUCAUUAGCUGUUGUCAUGGUUAUUCUUUUAGCACUCACAAUCACAAUGUAGACCUCCAGUUGAAUCAUAAAGUUUUGUUUUUCUACUAGUCUACAAGCUGAUAGCUGUGGUGGUAUCACCAGUAGGGGGUACCCUACUCCUUGUUCUCAUCAUCGCACUCAUUGUCACCUGCUGCAAGUAAGACUCCAUGACACUAUUGCUGUAGUUAUAACCAUGUAAUAACACAGUAGUAAGAUGACAACCCCUAAUUCCUUAUUCUCUGUCCAUGUUGUGCCAUAUUUGAAAAACGUUAUUGUUCACACAAUUUGUAAUAACUGUUAUAAGUGUUUAUAACCAUGUAAUAAAAUAAAACCAAAUUCUUUCACUGUCAGUCAGCGAGCUGCCACAUUGAGUGAACGUAUAAUACUUUGUGUAUCUCUUUACAGGAAAGACAAGAAUGACAUCAACAAGAUCAUUUUCAAAAGUGGCGAUUUUCAGAUGUCGCCGUACGCAGAGUUCCCAAAGAGUAACCGUGUUUCUAUGGAGUGGGGGAGAGAGACCAUCGAGAUGCAGGAAAACGGUAGCACCAAGAACCUGCUACAGAUGACAGACAUCUACUACUCUGUAUGUAUAGAAACUACUACUCUGUACGUAUAGAAACUACUACUCUGUACAUAUAGAAACUACUACUCUGUACAUAUAGAAACUACUACUCUGUACAUAUAGAAACUACUACUCUGUACAUAUAGAAACUACUACUCUGUACAUAUAGAAACUACCAACCUGUACAUAUACAAACUACUACUCUGUACAUACAGUAUACUUCUAUGUACUGAAUGUAUAAACAGCCAUUCUCUAUAAGCACAGACAUCUAGCGGUACAUAAAGAAACACAACACAAUGUUAACAAAAGACAUAAACAUAUGACAUUUCUCCAGAAGACAAUAGACAAACCAAUUAGACAGAAGGGCCACUACGUUUGUUAUUUUUGGUCCACCACAUCAGGUAAGGAUUAGCAUACAAUUCUCUCUCUCUCUUCCCUCACUCCCCCCCUCCUCCUCCGUUGAUACUGACCACCCCAUCACAUUUCCCUGUGUUGCAGCCUGCGUUGCGUAACUCUGACCUAG